UUCCUCGAUCUUUGACUCCAUUUUCGAUUAACGUCAUGUUAGCUAAGUAAAUUACUAGCAUUGAUAAAGGAUGGAGAAGGCAGUUGGUUCGCUGCAGGAACAGGCACUGAAGAGGAAAGAAAGAUUAAAAGCUUUAAGAGACAAACAACUCCAGGGAAGAGACACACAAGAUGGGGAGCCUGAGAGAAAGAGAGCCCUGCCAGAGCCAAAUCUGGAGCCAGAAGACAGACACAGAGAGCUGAAGCUGAGGAACUACACCCCAGAGGAUGAAGAGCUGAAGGAAAGGCAGGUGCCUAAGGCCAAGCCCGCCUCAGUGGAGGACAAGGUGAAGGACCAGCUGGAGGCUGCCAUUCCAGAGCCCAUCAUAGAGGAAGUGGAUCUAGCCAACCUUGCCCCAAGGAAGCCUGAUUGGGAUUUGAAACGGGAUGUCGCAAAGAAGCUGGAGAAGUUGGAAAGGCGAACGCAGAAGGCUAUUGCCGAACUCAUCAGGGAGCGCUUGAAGGGCAGCGAAGAAGAGUUGGCGGGUGCCGUGGGAGCUGUUGGAGUGACCGAGGUCGAUUCAGACUGAACCGCUCCCUCAGUCUGCAGUUGCGGUCAUUUAAACUGGACUUGCUGUUUUCAGACCACCUCUGCAGACACAUCACCUAAAAUCACUUAGAGGGCGAAGGUGGUAAAAUUGGCAGACCAACAGGGCAAGGGUUUGACCAGUAUGGCAGCUCCAGACAAGGUGUGCGCCAGUCUUCUGCUCUGCUGUGCUUAUCUCUAUUUCAAGAGGGAAUCCGUUGUCCCCUUCAUAUUAGACCGGCCUAAAAAUAGUGUUCUAGUGGAUCCUUCAAGAUUGACUUGAAUCAUGUGACAUCCCCGAACUUGCUUUUUAUUGGGUGCCGUUUGUUUGUGUUAUUUUGUCUCAAUAAAAGGUUUAGUGUUUUUGUAAAAAUGUAAUUAAAGACAAACUUUGAUAUGAAA